AUGCAGAUGCUAAAUCUCUUUGUGGCCGUUUGUGCCUUUUCGAAAUUCACAGUGCAUGCACUGCUUGAGGAAAAGUUCGUGGGCUUCGAGCCUGAAGGUCAAACCUUGGACAUUGCUGGUGCCACACUCAUAGCCGAUGCGGAUGACUUUUUAGGUAUUCACAUUGCGCUCAAAAGCUUAGUGGAAGACUUCGAUCAGAUUACUGGAACCCGACCCGCAAUCAAUAAUGCCACCACCAACUCCACAGUACCAGCUUCAGCAACUGGAGUCAUUGUCGGCUCUGUGGGGUCGAAGCUCAUUCGCCAAAUUUCUGCCGAAAAAGGUCUCGACAUCUCAGACGUUGAGGGGAGAUGGGAAGUGUUUAAAACUGCUGUCAUCGCCAACCCAAUAGCUGGAGUUGAACGAGCGUUGGUCAUCGUAGGUAGUGAUAAACGCGGUACUAUCUUUGGUAUACACACGCUCGCCGAACAGAGUGGUCAGUCUCCAUACCACUGGUGGGCGGAUGUUCCCACGAAGAAACACGCCGCCAUUUUCGCGUUGCCAAAAGCCACUGUUCAUGGCCCACCAUCAGUCAAAUACAGAGGGCUCUUCAUUAAUGACGAAGCUCCAGCGCUGGUCACUUGGUGGGCUGCGCAACACAACUCCUCCUACCAUCCUCUAGACACGGAGUUUUACUCACACGUUUUCGAUCUACUUCUUCGACUAAAAGCCAACUACUUGUGGCCUGCCAUGUGGGGAUCAUCAACACCAGCCCCAGGCCACAUCUUCUUCACCGAUGACCCAGGAAAUCAGCAGCUUGCAGAUGACUACGGUAUCGUAGUCUCUACUAGCCAUCACGAGCCAAUGCAAAGAGCGACUAAUGAGUGGAACGCGACUGAGACUGGGCCCUGGGAUUGGAGACUGAACAAGGAAAACGUAACGCGCUUUAUGGAAGAGGGGAUCCGUAGGAUGGGAAACAACGAGAGCUAUGUGACACUGGGCAUGAGAGGUCCAAGUGAUUCUGCCAUUGUUGGGGAUGAUGCUUUGGAGAUUCUUCGAGAAGUGUUUGAAGUUGAGCGUCAGAUUUUCAAAGAAGUUCUGGGUGACCAGAAAGUAAACCAGGCAUGGACAAUCUACAAGGAAGUCGCGACCUACUACGCCGCUGGACUAAGUCCGCCCGCUGACGCAAGUAACUUCUCGAUAUAG